AUGCUUGCAGCUCCACCAAUUAUCACGCAUACAACUACAAGCAACCACAUAGGUAUACAACAUCAUGGUUUGAUUAAGUUCUUAUCUACAAAUAAAAAUCCUGUACUGAAUCUACAAUCCGCUUUGAUUAAAGGUUUGCUUAUUGACAAGUCAAAAAUUUGCAAAAACUUCAUGAGAAUCCAUAAAAAUGGUAAAAGAAUAGAAAUGGUUGGGAUACCAUAUUGUGAAAACAAGAUGUUAUCGGUAAAGAGAUGGGAUUAUUUCAAUGCUACAUUAUUAAAGCAAUUAGAGGGACUUCUGGAUUCAAACCAAUUAUUCAACACAUGUACACCAUUGUCAUCUCAAAAAUGCUCAGAAAUAUUCAAUUUCUUGUUAAAAUCCAUUUUAGCUGGUGAUAUCAAAUCAAAGGUAAUACAUCAUGGUCAUUUAGAAUACCUCAAUGAAGGGACUUAUUUUAAAGAUGAUUUGAAUGAUUUCAUUGAUAAUUUUAUAAGAUUAAAAGUUCAAUUGAGAAAAUUUUAUACUUCAUUGUAUUUUUUGAAUGAUGAUGACAUACAACAUAUGGUAGACUAUUUAGAUGCUUUUGACUUAUUUAAUUUAGACAAUUUCAUUCCAUAUCAAUCACCCUGUUGUUUAGAACAAUCAAUUGCGUUGGUGGGGUUAUUAAAAAAUCAAAUCAAGAAAAAUCAACAGGUUUUAAACUUCAACUUUUUAAAUCAUUUCAUUUUAAACAACACUGUUCAAGCACAAGAACUCGUUGUAAAAUCUUCUGAAAGAAUCAUAAGCGUUGCUAUAAAAAAAUCAUUGAAAGUUCAAGGAGUUUUCUUCUAUGACUAUGAAGAUAUAGAAAAGAAUGAUAAAACUGGUGAAUUUUUAAAAAAUUUGAAAUUUAUAGUUCACUCUAUAUUGGAUGUUAACAUAAUGCUGUUUAUGAAGAGUAAAUCUUUGAACGUUACAGUCGUACCAAUCAGUAAAGAAGAUAAUGAGCUUCAAAAAGAAUUAGUAUGUGGAAAGCCUAAUUAUAUUGGUAGAACUUGUCAAAAUGAUGAUGAAUUGGAUUCUAUGGCUAUUCACCAUGAUAUAUUAGGGGGAUAUGAAUACCAGAGAUUAAUGCUGCUGUCUGCUGGUAGCUAUAUGAUAGAUUAA